ACAGAAAAACUCUUUAGUCAUUGAACACACCGGGCUGACAGAGACUGGGUGAGGGCUUGUGUUCCUCCCUUUUUGCUGCCUUGCAUCUGACAGCGUCCCCUCCCUCUGGCUCUCUUUCCCUCCUCCUCGCUUCUCUCAUUAGGCUUUUCACCGGCAAAACACCGACGCACAGCCUUCGCCCCAUACUGUAUCCAGCGACCGAAGCAGGACUGUUGGAGUACUGACCUCCCGGUGCGCGCCGUUCAUGGUUCUCCCCUGGAUGUCCUUCUGACAGGAGGAUUCUUAUAUUUCUGAAGUAACUGUGGAGAAGCCCCACACAAAGGUGACGAGUACGGGAUCUAGGAGGUCCCCACCAACAGGGGGCAGCAGCAGGCAUGCACGACUCCACCUCUGACGGAAACAUGGCUAAGCAGGAGCAGAACUCCAAACAUGUGGAUGAUCAUAAAGAAAUAGACAACAUGUCAGAGAAGACGUCUCCCAACAAGAACCUCAAGUCUCCACAGAAGGGCUCCAAGCGCAUCAAAAUGGCACCCUUCAAAGUGACCCUACUGGACUCCACAGAGUUUGAAUCAGAAAUUGAGAAACACUCCAAAGGGCAGGCUCUGGUGGAUCUGGUCUGUGAGCACCUGAACCUCCUGGAGAAGGACUACUUUGGCUUGACCUUUGCAGACAGUGACACACAGAAGAACUGGUUGGACCCCUCUAAGGAGAUCAAGAAGCAGAUGCGCAACUCUCCUUGGCUCUUUGCCUUUGCUGUCAAGUUCUACCCUCCGGACCCCUCACAACUCACUGAAGACAUCACAAGGUACUACCUGUGUCUGCAGCUGAGGGAUGACAUGCUGUCAGGACGCCUGCCCUGCUCAUUCGUCACUCACGCCCUGCUAGGCUCCUACACUGUGCAGGCCGAGCUGGGGGACUACGACCACGAUGACCAUGGCUCAGACUAUGUCAGUGACUUCCGCUUUGCCCCAAACCAGGCCCCAAACCAGACCCGCGAGCUGGAGGAGAGAGUCAUGGAGCUCCAUCGCAACUACAAGGGGAUGACUCCAGCAGAGGCCGAGAUGAACUUCUUGGAGAAUGCGAAGAAGCUGUCUAUGUACGGGGUAGACCUCCAUCACGCCAAGGACUCAGAAGGGAUUGAAAUAAUGUUGGGAGUAUGUGCCAAUGGGCUGCUGAUUUAUCGCGACAGACUGAGGAUCAAUCGCUUUGCCUGGCCCAAGAUCCUCAAGAUCUCCUAUAAAAGGAGCAACUUUUACAUCAAGAUACGCCCAGGGGAGUAUGAGCAGUUUGAGAGCACUAUCGGUUUUAAACUACCAAACCACAGAGCUGCCAAGAGGCUGUGGAAGGUCUGCAUUGAGCACCACACAUUCUUCCGACUGGUGUCACCAGAACCUCCACCAAAAGGGUUCUUGGUGAUGGGUUCAAAGUUUCGGUACAGUGGCAGGACUCAGGCUCAGACCAGACAAGCCAGUGCGCUGAUAGACCGGCCUGCUCCACAUUUUGAGCGCUCCACCAGCAAGAGGUUCCUUCUGUCCCGCAGUCUGGAUGGAGAGUUCUCACGACCCAUGUCAUCCAUGUGUGAGAACCACGACAGCUUGUCCCACCGCAGCAUCAGUGAGCAGCGGCGCCCCCACAGUCCAUCCGGAGACGAGCAGGAGACGGAGCUGGAGCACAGUCUGGAGCAGGAGGAGGAGGACAGAGAGCACGGACCAGAUCAUGAGCUGGGACGGGACAGUGGAGAUGAUAAUGGCAAUGUGACUCCAAGCAGGAAGAAAGACAUCAGGUUCCUGGACAAGUCCCAGGAUGUGUUGCUCAAGCACCAGGCCAGUAUCAACGAGCUGAAGAGAGCCCUGAGGGAGCCCAACAGUAAACUGGUGAACCGAGAGAAGCGUCUGUCUGCCACCUCCCCAACCGGCACUCCGGAGAAGAAGGCACCUCCAGUGGCCAGGAAAGAGCCCAGUUCAGUGAGAGUCUCCCACAUGCUGAAGAAGUCUGAGAUGCACACCAAUGGAUCAGAAGUCCACCACAACAUCAUGAACAUAGAAUCACAGAGCUACAGAGAGAUCAGCCCACGGGAUGUCUCUGCAUCAGUUUCCAUUAAAGAGAAUGGCUCACCUGUAAAAGGCAGCGCUGUGGGCAGGGAGUCAGUUGUGUCCCCUCUGACCAUCACUGCUGAGAGUGUCACCUCGGCAACCACAACUCAAGUUACCAAGACCGUGAAGGGUGGCUACUCAGAGACUAGAAUAGAGAAAAGGAUAAUCAUCACUGGGGACGAUGAUGUGGAUCAGAACCAGGCUCUAGCUAUGGCCAUCCAGGAGGCCAAACAGCAGCACCCAGACAUGCUGGUGACAAAAGCUGUGGUAAUCAGAGAAACAGACUCCCCCACUGAUGAUCUACAGCACAGGACUCAGUCAUGAUUGAUCCUGGAACCUGUGAGGGGCCUCUAGGGGACCCUGAUGUGUGGUCUGCACAAAAAUCCACCUCCCUGUAGAAGAGGACCAUAUCACUACUAUGUACAUACACACAACAACAGACCGCCUUCACCUAGUAGUACUCCUCUUUAGACAAAUCAACUGUGACCCCGCCUUCUGUCCACUCCUAGCCAAUCUUAGCACUCUAUUUGAAAGACACUCAGAGAAUGACUUUUUGCUUCAAUAGAGUGUGACUGUUGUUAAUAUAUGACUUUGGUUUGCUCAUGGCUAUUUAAUCCAACCUGGAUUUAUAAACUCAACCCUCUUCCAUUUCAGAGACUUAUUUGUAGACAUGAACAUAAUGUAAAAAUGCAGAAGAGCUGAGGAACAGCCAGGGUAAGGCUGGUAUGGAGACAUGGUGCAAGGAUGGUGCCAUCUCCUGGCCACAACAUGUCAGUGUAACCAACAGCUACUAUUAUUAUUACAAGCUUUUUACAUUUUUAUCUAUAUAGGAUCUAAUUUAUGUUGAGUGUUUGCUUGUUUAUGAAAAUAUGUAUAAUAUCUUAUAUUAUGAUCUGCAUGAAAAUUUGAGCUGAGGGGAUGGCUGAUUGGAGGGGACAUUAUGAGCUUUGUUAUGUUGAGCACCUUGAGAGACACUGGUCCCACAGACCCGAGGGACAUGCAGGUGAUGGACUCCUGCUUACGCCUGUUCUCACUGGAUAUUCACUGUGUCCCCCUGCUGUCACAGCCUGCUGUUGUCAUUGCUGGUCAUGCAUUUCACUUGAUUAUUCAAACUGAAAAAUGUUGGUCAUAGUAAUAUAAUAACAUUGUUUUAUUAGAUAUACAUUUUAAAAAGUUAUCUUUUCUGCCAUGUUUUAUUUAUGAUGGUGUGUUGUUGGAUUUUUCAGGCUUUUGUGUGUAGCUCACUGACUUUGUCAUACUUGAUGAGUUUGGCCCUAAUACAUUCUCAUUUAUGAUUGAUGUCAUAUUCAGUAAUAUGACAGCACAGUGGGAUUAUUUAAGGUGAUGAAUGUAAGAGCUAAUGGUUACCAGUUUAACUAUCUGGCCAUUGUUGGGGCUUUGAGUAGGCAUCAGUUUAAACAUGUUGGUAUGGAGUUGACAUCAUAUAUUAAUAUUACAGCAUUAAUGUGUGGCUCUGUCACUGUAUAUAUCUUUAUAUGAUAUGAGUCUUCAAAGGGAUCUUUUAGAAGUCAGUUUUUCUUGAUGGCAAGCUUAUGGUAUCCUUAUAAUGUACCAAAGUACGAGUGCCAUGUUUCAGUCAAUGCCAUAAUAAAUCUAUUUCUCAUUACUAUAGAACUAUGUAUUAUACACUUGCCCAUAGUCACACACUGCCUGGAACAUCCAUACACACUUUGGGUACUUUUCUGUUGGUUGAAUAUUUAGUUUUGCUGUAUGUACAUUUAUUUAUAUGAGGAAGUGGAUAGGAGCCCUGUGCUUUUCCUCUCUGACAGAUGAAGUCAAGCCCUGCUAAGUGUGUCCCAUAGCAACCAAGUAUCCAAGCUCCACAUUAUAACUCUAUAAAAGUAUAUCCAAUUGAACCUACUAUGCACCAAUUACCAUCUGCUCCAGCUAGGGCCGAACCCAUGCUCUCACCGUUUUACGCUACAGUAGGGAACAGUGGGGUUUUGUUAGACUUGCAAUAAACUCCUCUCCUCAGCCACAUGUGUAUAGAAGCAUAGCAAACUCAAAGGAAAACUGCUGGAAUCUUAUUGCACCAUUGACUUGAAAAUGUUCACCUAUGGGGGGAAAUAUAACUUGAUACGUUAUCAAACACUGGACUUAAGCAAAGGAUAAACUGCACACUGAAAUGAUUAGGAAAAUGGCUGCACUACUGAUAGAGCUCACACUGGGGAAGUAUAAGGCUUGUACAAAUAUAUAAAUAUAGUAAUAAAUCUGUGUUAUGGCUUGUAUAUCUCCACCAGGAGCAUGAAUGUGGGAGGACAGAGGUGCAAUAAGAACACUACUUGAAAGGGUGCCUUGCGUUUUGGUGAGCCGCCACAAAAGUGUCUUGAAAAAUGGAAAGCGGUGAUAAUAGAUUAGUUAUGGUUCAAUAUUUCAUAACUUUUCCAGGCCCUGUUACAGUGAUAUAGAACCAGCAGUACAUGAACACGUGCUUUUCCCACUGUCUAGCGCCCCCUGUUGAUUCUGCGUGGCCUUUUUCGCUCCACAUUCUUGCAUCACAGUGCUUGGUGGUGUGUUUUUGCUGUAACUUGCAUUGAGUCUAAAUGGAAACAUACAUGCAAAAAUAAAUGUCUCAGUAUGAUUCAAAUGUUGUGUCUGAUUAUAAAAAGAGGAAUGACGUUGUAUCUUAUUAUUAUCAGUAUAGUCUACACACCCUGA